CCAGAAGAAGAGAAACGUGGUGGAGGUCGUGCAUUUCACAUAGCGAAUUAUGUGGAGAAGCGCGCUGGUGCACGUCCAAUGCUCAAUUAUGACCCGUUGGCAAACGAGGAUCUGCUUCGCAGUUGGCAAUUCCUGGAGAAACGUGCCGGUGGAAGAGCGUUUCCGGUUGUCGACGACAAUUUCGACAAGAGACGAAUCUACGACGCCCUUUCAAGGUUCCCAUAACGUGAACGCCGCCGCCGCUUCUUAA